UCUCUUCCUUACUGUGAUUUUCACUUUUUCUCUCAAUCUCAUCAAAUGAUCCACUUUUAACCAAAUCAAAUAUCUUUUUUGUGUUUUUUAUUCUCAAGGGAUACUCACACAAUGGACCACACUCCAUACGCGACCCCGAGAGGAUCCAUUUCAUUGAGUAUGGGAGACUCCUCAGAGCUCGAGGCUAAUCCUAAUCUCACUCUCAGCGAUAAGCUAAAGAUCUUCAAGAACUCUUCCUUUGAUCCCAAUGAAUACGUCACUACCAAAUCUCGUAGCAUGAACGAGAAGGAUAUAAAACUCGCCUGCAAUUACCUUCAUGAGUUGAAAAGGGCUUCAGCAGAAGAAAUGCGCAAAAGUGUUCUUGCUAAUUAUUCAGCUUUCAUACGUACAUCAAAAGAGAUCUCAGAUCUUGAGGGGGAGCUGCUUUCCAUGAGAAAUCUCCUAUCCACUCAGGCUGCUUUGGUUCAUGGUUUAGCAGACAGAAGCCGACUUGGUUCUUUGAUCACUGGAGCCAAAGAUUCUGAUGCAGAGGACAUGCUUGAUGAAAAAGCUGACCAAUCAAAGACAGAGAAUUGGCUUACAGGUUAUCUUGAGAAGCUUGAAGUCCUAUUAGCCGAGAAAAGAAUAGAAGAAGCCAUGGUAGAAUUAAAAGAGGGAGAUGCCAUGGUAGAAGAAAUUAAAGACAGAAAAGCUCUAAGUCCAAGUGCGCUAAUUGUAUUAGAAGCUGCCAUUACAGAACACAGAACCAAAUUGGCUGAUCAGCUUGCAGAAAUUAUAUGCCAGCCUUCAACUCGUAGUUCUGAGCUUUGUUCAUCUGCUCUAGCUUUAAAAAAUCUAGGAGAUGGUCCUCGUGCACACACAUUACUCCUGAACUCUCACCAAGAGAAGUUACAUCGUACCAUGCAGAGUCUUAGGUCUGUCUCACAUAGUGGAGGAGCAUACACAGCCAAACUCUCAAAGCUUGUGUUUUCCACCAUUUCACAGGCAAUGAGUGAUUCCAUAACAGUGUUUGGUGAAGAAGAGCCUGCAUAUGCUUCCGAGUUAGUCACUUGGGCUGUAAAGCAGGCUGACAACCUUGCCUCUCUCAUCAAGAAACAUGUUCUGCUAUCUACAGCAUCUGCUGGGAGCUUGAGAGUUUCUUCUGACUGUGUUCGAGUUUGCUUGAGUCACUGUUACAUCUUAGAGGCUCAAGGGUUAGCACUUUCUCCUGUGUUGUUGAAACAAUUCAGGCCCUUUGUUGAGAAUGCUCUGAACACAAACUUGAAAAGAAUUGAACAAUGUUGUGCUGCUAGAGCUGCUGCAGAUGAUUGGUUGCUUGCUUAUUCACCUAGCAGUAGGCUUUCUGGGUUAACUUCUGCUGCUUCGUUGAUGAACGCAUCCCAAGCACCCAAGCUUUCUAGCAGUGCUCAGAAGUUUAACUCAAUGAUUCAGGAGUUUUUCGAAGAUGUUGGCCCUCUAGAAUUCCUAGAGUUGGACAAUCUUGCAUAUGAAGGUCUUCUUCAGCUGUUCAAAUCCUAUGCCAAUCUCUUAAUAAAUGCACUACCUGGUUCAGUGGAAACUGAGAACCUGGAAGGCACAGGGCCAAAAAUUGUCAGGGUAGCUGAGACAGAAGCACAACAAGUGGCAUUGCUGGCAAAUGCAUUGUUGCUAGCGGAUGAGUUGAUCCCACGUGCUGUUGUGAAGGUUUUUCAAAGCACCAAAAGUGAUGAAUCUCAGAAAAGAGGUGCACCGGAGAAAUAUCAGAAGGCUCCUGAACAGAGGGAGCUGAAGAAAAGGCUCCAGCGUGAAGUUGAUCGCCUAAGAGAUAGCUUCUGCAGGCAACAUGCUCUUGAACUCAUUUUCACAGAAGAUGGGAACACACGCUUGAAUGCAUUGAUGUAUUUGAGUAUGGAUAGUCAUGCAGAGGAGCCUGAUUGGUUUCCUUCUCCAAUUUUUCAGGAGCUGUUUUUAAAACUUUCUCGAAUGGCAAGCAUCGCUACAGAUAUGUUUGUUGGUAGGGAAAGAUUUGCUACUACUUUACUAAUGAGAAUGUCAGAAACAGUGAUUCUGUGGCUUUCUGAAGAUCAAGCAUUCUGGGAUGAGAUUGAGGCAGGUCAAGUACCUUUAGGUGGUUUUGGCCUUCGACAGCUCUAUCUGGAUAUGCAGUUUGUGAUAAUAUUUACAUCCCAAGGUCGUUACUUAUCUCGCCAGCUUUCUCAAGUUAUUAAAAACAUGAUUGCUAGGGCCAUUGACGCUGUUGCCGCUUCUGGGUUAGAUCCUAACAGUGUGCUGCCAGAGGAUGAAUGGUUUGUUGAAGUUUCUCAAAUAGCUGUAGAGAUGAUAAAUGGGAAAGCCACGUUUGGCAAUGCAGAGAGGGAAGUUACAAGCCCUACUGCUUCUAUAUCAGGAAGGUCAAUGUCAUCAAUCCAUUCUCAUGGCAGUAACUAGCUGACAACACUAUAUGGGACAGAACAAACUGAAAGAGAAACUUCAAUCACUGUUCGCCUCACAUGUUGCUGGCAUCCUUGAGUUGAAGAUCUCAUGCAAAUCAGACCUUCUACCUUACUUGAUAUUUGCACUGUGCAGCUGACCAAAAAUUUGAUGUUGAGAAUAUAUCAAACUGCUGCCUCGGGAUUCAGGUUUUGGUUUCAAACUCUGCUAACAUGAGCUCUUACUGUUUCUUCAUGAACAAACGAAGGUGUAUUUGGUUAUUUAUUUAUUUCAUUAAGAUAAGCUAGCAAGAUCCACCAAAUAUUUGCUGAUGCAAAUGGGGAUCUGAUAUUGUUUAACAUUGUCCGAGAUUUCAUUUUCUCGUACUGCGUGGAUCUCUGCUUCUUUUGAGAAAAUGAUGUCUUCCAAUAUAACGUAGCCGGUGAAACGCCAUUGGUACUUUCAAUUCAGCGCAUAAAAACAAUGGAUUGUCCUGUAUUCAUACGAGGGCUACGAAUUCAAGACUUUCUUUGGGAUUUCAAAUUUAGGACACAGAUAAUGGACUAGACUUCAGUUCAUUUGAUAAAAAUGUAACAUGUAAAUAUUCAUUUUGAC